AUGGCGCCAGACGGACCGAGCAACAUCCGCGUCUUUAUCCGCUGGCACGACCAGACUGUCUUCGCCGGCGAGGAAGUCAAAUCAUCAUUCUCUCCUCGUUUCUCUAGCUCACCUUUAUUCCAUGCUUCAUAUCCACCACCCGAUCGAUUUGGCCGAAUGUCUAGACCACCUACAGCUCCUAAUACACCAGCUCUUAUCGGCCGAAGAUCACCGAGGGCCUCUCCGAGACCAUCACCGAACCCAGUACCGGAAUUCCACUUCCCUGCAGCGCCGUCGCCAACCGCGGAGGUACCACCAAGCCUAUCAAGAACAACAAACGAGAGCAUGCUUAGCCCUAGAAAUGGUGCAGCCGAGUUCAAUGGCCUGGCCGUGCGCACUAAGGAUGGCGUUCCAACGAUCAAUGAACAGCCUGCUCCCGCUGCCCGGAUUCUGGCAAGCAGCGGCAUCUUGGGAGGAACACCAAGAAGCAGUGGAGAAUUUUACUCCGUCAGCAACAACUCGUCGGAAACCCUCGUGUCGGAAUAUGUGACACAGCCGCCAGUACGGGGGCACGCGCGACCUCUUCGAAGAAGUCUCGGUAUGCCAUUGCCGCAAUCAAGAGCACCAGAGUCUUUGAUGAUGGGAUACGCCCAAUUACAAGGCUCGUUCACACUGGACGGAUCGCUGAUCAGCCUCAGCCCCUUCGACCAGGUCAAGAAGAAGGCCAUUGUCGGUCAAGGGGGAGGUGUUGUUGGCCUCGAGUCCAAACGUGAUAGUGGCCUCCUGGGAGGUUUUGGAUGGAGCAGACUCAGCAGCUCCUUGGGCGACUUUUUGGGUGGCGGAGAGCUCAGCACCAUCAAGGAGAUGCGUGGAGUGGCCAACUCGAAAUCAGUACCUCUCCUUACGACACCACAGUCUAUUCUUUUUGUUGAUUUGCAACUGGCACCCGGAGAAAGCCGGGUAUUUGAGUAUUCGUUCCGAUUACCCAAGGGACUUCCUCCAACUCACCGAGGAAAGGCAGUCAAGAUUUCCUACAGUCUAGUUAUCGGAACUCAGAGGGCAGGAGGAUCCAAGGAACAACAGGUCAAAUCCGUCGAGGUUCCUUUCCGAGUCCUUGGAAGUGUGAACAGCCACGGUGAGAUCUUGGGACACGAUCUCAUGAAUCCCUAUAUCUUGCUCAGAGACCAGGCUCAGGUUAAGAGCCCAUCGAGCACUGGCAAAGGAGCAAAGACGAACGGAGUGCAAGGACGGCAAUCUUCGUUGAACGAUUUCCUCCUCUACGUGGACGACCUGGUGCACAGGCCCCGAGAUGAAAGUGGUAGUAUCCUUCUCUCACCAACAGGCGGAGGAAACUCGAGACGACCGUCAGUAUUUGAGGACGCGGGCACUGCCCAAGAGGCAAUUCAUUUGGCGAUUAUGAGAAGCAACAUGACGUCCGGGGGACAACAGAGCCCCAACCGAUUUGAGAUCGCCCGCAACGGACAACGAGUUGGUGUUGUUAUGCUUACAAGGCCGGCAUACCGACUGGGAGAAGUUGUUACCAUGGCGAUUGAUUUCACAGAUGCCGAUAUCCCAUGUUAUGCGGUACACACUACGCUCGAAACAUCAGAGAAGGUAGACGCGUCUUUGGCGAUACGAUCCGAGUCGAGCAUUCACCGAGUGACACGAAAGGUACACUCAUCAUCAUCUGAGGCAACAAUGUACUCACGCCGCGUCACAUUUAAUCCGACAAUUCCGAUAACAGCUACUCCGGAGUUUGUGACAAGCGGAGUGAGUCUGGAUUGGAAGAUUCGCAUCGAAUUUGUGGUGCCAUCGCAGGGGAAUGAUUCCUCCGACAGCGUUGAGCGACUGGCGCCUCACCCACUGUUGGAACAGAUCUCUCAAGAUGAGAAGGGUGGCACAGUACUUGUGGCCGUGGAGAAUCUGAUAUGUGAGAGUUUUGAAAUUGCGGUACCCCUGCGCGUCUACGGCGCAGUUGGGACAGGACUCGAGCGGCUUGAACGAGAUGAGGCUUCAGAAGAGGGUCUUGUAGUAUGA